UCAGGCGCAGGCGCUAGAGGCGUGUGACUUCCUUUAGCUGAUGUAACUGCUGAAACCGGGUGCCUCGGAUCUACCGGUGAGCGAAGGAAUACAUAUAAGCAUACAUACAGGAUACAGCGGGAACAGCAGCGUUUGAAAGCUUUGACACCAUGUCCGGAGACGAGAUGAUUUUUGACCCUACCAUGACCAGGAAAAAGAAGAAGAAGAAGAAGCCCUUCAUGCUGGAUGAAGAGGGAGGAGAUCAGCAGCCUGAGGAGACUCAAGUGCCAGAUACAAAAGAAGUAGAGCCAGAUAUAUUUGAGGACAGAGACACAGAUGAUGAGUCUUUUAAGAAGAAAGAUGCUCCUGAUGAUCUGGACGACUUGAAUUUCUUCAAUCAGAAAAAGAAGAAAAAGAAAACGAAAAAGUUUGACCUAGAUGAAGCAGAAGAAGGUGUAAAGAAUCUGAAGAUUGAGAGUGAAGUUCAAGAAGCUUCAGAAUCUCAGGAAGAUGAUUUGGACUUUAUGCUUGGCAAAAAGAAGAAAAAGAAAAAUGUGAAGUUUCCAGAGGAAGAUGACAUUAUGGACAAAGAUGAAGCUUUUGAAGAGGAGGACAACAAGAAAGAUGAUGGCAUCUCAUUUAGUUUCCAGACUGGACCUGCAUGGGCUGGCUCUGAAAGAGAUUACACAUAUGAUGAACUGCUAAACAGAGUUUUUAAUAUAAUGCGGGAAAAGAACCCAGACAUGGUCGCUGGAGAAAAGAGAAAAUUUGUCAUGAAGCCUCCACAAGUAGUCAGAGUAGGAACUAAGAAAACCUCGUGUCAACUUCACUGAUAUUUGCAAGCUAUUACAUCGUCAGCCUAA